AUGGUCGAUUCCGAUGAAGAGUAUACAGGAGAAAUCUCUGAGGAUGAAGAUGAAAGCAAUAUCUUAUCAGGAUCUCGUGGAGAUACUGCGGGCGCAUCCCGUUCGAAGAGGAGAAAGCACCGUGGAGGCGCAGAAUGGGAAGUCUCGAGAACAUGGGAAACCUUAGUUGAAGGUGCCGACGGCACAAUCAGCUCUACAGUCGAAGGGCUUCUUGAAGCUGGGAAAAGGAAAAGGCUCCUCAGAGAUACGACUCCCUUACAACGGGGUAUAAUCCGCCAUCUCAUUCUGAUCAUAGAUCUGUCACAAUCCAUGACCGAGAAAGAUCUCCGACCCACACGCUAUCUAUUGUCCCUACGGUAUGCACAAGAGUUUGUGAGGGAGUUUUUCGAGCAAAAUCCCAUUUCUCAACUCGGCGUUCUUGGCCUCAAAGAUGGAUUGGCGGUUAGAGUCAGUGAUAUGAGCGGAAACCCUACGGAGCAUAUCAGUGCCAUCCAAUCAUUGCGAGACCAGGAUCCGAAGGGUCUUCCUAGUUUGCAGAAUGGCUUCGAAAUGGCUCGUGGUGCUUUGUUCCAUACCCCAAGCCAUGGCACCCGUGAGAUUUUCGUCAUAUUUGGCUCCCUCCUUUCCUCCGAUCCCGGUGAUAUUCACCAAACGAUAACUACGCUCAUCAACGACAAGAUUCGUGUUGGAAUCGUGGGCCUUGCCGCCCAAGUGGCCAUCUGCCGCGAAAUUUGUGGCAAGACUAACGGGGGUGAUGAUACCACAUACGGUGUAGCACUCAAUGAACAGCAUUUCCGUGACCUUGUGAUGAAUGUGACAACACCGCCAGCCACCUACUCUCAGAAGCAGUCCACAAGCUCUCUCUUGAUGAUGGGUUUUCCAUCACGAACAGUCGAGGCUUACCCUUCACUUUUAAGGUUUGUGGUCUCCCUGCCGAGUGUCCUUCCUGCGGUCUUACUUUGA